AUAUGUGUAUGUUUGCUUUCUGGACACUACAACUUCCAAGCUUUGUCGACAGAAAAGUUGUGUUAUACUGCUUUAUCGAUAAGUAUGCACUUUCUCUUUAAAUUAUUCGUUUUGAUUUUAAAUCUAACUCUGAUCUCAAAUGUUAAAUCUCAAUCAUACAAUGACGUCAUUUGCCGCCGACCGUGGUAUUUUAACUCACCACGACCUGCUCCAAUGAGGUGUCCAACUGCUUCUUUCUUCACAUAUUAUGAAUGUUGUGGAGAGUUCUUGGAAAACUGUUGUUGGAGAUUUAGACAAGAACCCAUAAUAAUCGGAGUAAUUCUUCUUGUUCUUCUCUUACUUGUAUGUUGCUGUUGUUGUGUUUCUUGGAUAUUCGUUGGAAGAAAAAAGAAAUCUUCAAAUAUUGAACCAGAAAAGAAGCCAACAAAGAAAGACUCACAAAUUCAAACAAUUAGCAGUUCAACAAUAGAUUCUGGAACUCAAUGGGAACUCCGAAGAAGCUACGAGGAAACUGAUAAAAGAAGGUCUUAUGCAGCUGCUAGAGAUCAAGAACUGGAUUAUCAAUAUUUUCAAUAAUUAUAUAUUCUGCUCAAUUGGAUUUUUUUUUGAAAAAUUAAAACGUUCCGAUUUUCAUUUUCCUUGAAAGUGCCAUAUUUCCUCAAGGAUUUUACAAAUUUCAAAUUCCAUUUGUAGACUUAAACGCAAGUGAUGCAAAAAUAGAUGUAUGUAGAAUAAUUUUCUCUGCGGUAAACUAAAUAUUUCAAAAUCAAAGAGCGACUUGGUAGGUAAACUAAAUAUUUUAGUUUACCUACCAAGUCGCUCUUUGAUUUUUCAGUCUCCAAAACGAAUAGCUCCUUGUUUUUCUAAACAAUUUUCUUUCCCAGGUACCUCGUUGCAAUUUUCUCAAAUUGCUUUCCUGCUUCAUUUUUCACAUUUCUUUUCACAAUUUUACAACUAUUUUCUCCCCUUCAACACCUUUCACAGAAGCUAUUGUCAACAUCAGUUUGCUCAUUUCUAUCCAUCCACCUCUCUCUUUUUCUGUUGGUUCGUAUAUAUUUGUAAUUCAAUUCAAGAAACGUGUGCUCUUUCUCUUUCCAAUUGCCCAUAAAAAUGGGACUGGGAGGUUGGAUCUUUUGGAAUUAGGCACUAGGAGAAAAACAUGUUUAUUUCAACCAAUUCAUUUGAUUGAACCACUUUUCUUUUACCCCGUUCAGAGUUUUUUUUAUAAUAUAUUGUGAGAGUUAUAUAAUUACGACUCAAAUUUUGAAAUUUGAAUUGCGCGUAUAAUUUUUAUUAUUGAAACCAAGCUUCAAAACUUUAGUGCUCACCUUUCAGCUAUGAAUGUGUUGUAUUUUAUGAAAAUUUAUAUAAAAGUAUACGUCGCUCAAAACCCU